UUGUUUCCUGAGCUUGAGAAGUUGAGCAUUAGUAACUGUCCAUUGUUAAAAAGUACUCCAAGUCAAUUUGAAAUCCUCCAUAAAUUAAGUAUUGAAGGAGUUGACAGUGAAAUGCCAUUGUUGAACUUGUGCAGCAACUUGACAUCUCUCGUAAAGCUUAGUAUCUAUGCUGUGAAAGAGCUCACUUGUUUUCCAGAUGAGAUGCUACGCAACAACGUUUCUCUUCAAAACCUAACGGUCUCAGGCUGCAGAGAGUUUCGUAACUUGCCACAAAGCUUGUACAAUCUCCAUUCUCUCAAGAGCUUACAAAUACACUUCUGCCCCAAUUUCAGUUCUUUUCCUGUUCCUAGUGGAGAGAAUUAUUUGACUUCUCUCCAAACUCUUGAGUUAUGGGAUUGUGAUGGAUUGGCCAGUUUACCAAGUGGAAUGCUAGAGCAUUGUCGGUCUCUGGGAUUUUUUAUGGUCAGCUGCUGUAACAACUUAAUUUCCUUGCCUUUACAUGUGUGGGAAAUGCCUUCACUUUUUUAUUUGGGUUUAUCAGAUUGUCCCAAAUUCAUUAGUAUACCCGCAGGGGGCCUUCACCGUCUUACCAGGUUAAGGGUAUUGGAAAUUGGUCCUUUCCCAGAGAUGGUGGAUUUUGAAGCAUUCCAAUUGAUUUUUAAUGGCAUUCAGCAGCUGUUGUCCCUUCGUAAUCUGGCGGUGACCGGACUUGGGCACUGGAAUUCUGUGCCGUAUCAGUUUAUGCAACUCUCUUCCCUAAUACAUAUCCAUAUAUGUGAUUUCGGAAUCGAGGCUCUUCCUCAUAGACUUGACAACCUUAUUUCUCUUGAAACAUUACAUCUAGUGAGGUGCAAACGGCUACAACAUCUUGACUUCUCAGAUGCCAUGCCCAAAUUACGGUUUGUGGACAUCCGCGAUUGUCCAUUGUUAGAAUCUCUGUCGGAUGGGCUCGGCAACCUUGUUUCUUUGGAAGAGUUAGAUUUAUUUAACUGUGAAAAACUAGAGCAUCUGCCAUCCCGAAAUGCCAUGCGACACCUCACGAAAUUACAGAGCCUGAAAAUUAAAGGCUGCCCAAAGUUAGAAGAAAGUUGCAACAAUCGGAGUGGCCCAAACUCCUAGUGGUCCAACAUUUCCCAUAUUCCUAAAGUUAAAGUUGGUCGAAGCAUAAUUCAGGACUUGCGUUGCUAGUUCCAAGGUCAUGCUUGAACUUAGUUGAACAUCACUGUGGUAAAUCAAGUCAAAAUCCACAAGUGGCAGGCAAUUACCUUAGCUGUUGUCCCUUCGUGAUCUGGUGGUGUUCGGACGUUUGCACUGGGAUUCUCUGCCCUCACCAAAUCACGGAACCUGGAAAUUAAAGGCUGCCCCAAAGUUAGAAGAAAGUUGCACCAAUCGGAUUACCCCAAACUCCCAGUAUUGGUCCAACCAACAUUUCCCAUAUUCCAAAAAUUGAAUUCCAAGGUCAUACUAGAACAUUGUUGUGGCAUUUCAAGUGAAAAUCCAUGGGCGGCAAUUACGUCAGGUGAACUUUCAAUUAGAAUUCUUUUACCAAGUUUGCACAAAGCUGGAAAAUUCAAGGAAUUCGUGAUCUUCAGAUGUAGCUGCACUUUCAUGGAAGGGGAUAUUGAUAUUUUUGUGAGGUUCUAAACGUCACAAAAAUUAUUGGCAUAAUACAUAAUCAUGACCCUUAACUUCUCUUCACCGAACAACUAUUACCUCUAACUUUAAGUGUGAACAAGUAGACACUUAAACUUGUAUAAAAUUGAACAAGGAGACACAUGUGUCCUACAUGUCAUAAUACACUACGUAGGACAAAAAAUUACCAUGUAGGGUGCCAUGUGGGAUUAAUGUGUCUAUUUGUUCAAUUUUAUUCAAGUUUAAGUGUCUAAUUAUGCAAACACAAAGUUAAAGGUCAUAGUUGAUAACUGACGUCAAGUUAAGGGUAAUAUUUAUGUAUUAUGUCAAAAUUAUUCUCUGGUUUUGGCCGAUGAAGUCCAGGAAGACAGGAACUCCUUAGCUACCACUUUCCAUUUUCAUUUCUAGAGUUUCUUUAACCUUUGAUUUUCUUUAAUUUUUGCUCUUUUCUUUUGCUUUGUUGUUUUCUGGUUGGACCGGGUCGUUAUGACUUGGGUCUAACCCCAUUUGAUGUACAUAGUUGAA